AUGGACGGCCGGGAUCAGCCGCAGCAGCAGCAGCAGACGCCGACGCCGCUGCCGCUGCCGCUGCCGCCGCCGCCGCAGCAGCAGACGCCGGCACCGCCGCAGCAGCAGACGCCGCGCGUGAGCUCGCCGCCGCCGGUGGCCCCCGGCGUCAUGAUGCCGCAGCACGCCUACGGCGCGAUGCCGCCGGGCUCCGCGAGCGUCAUGCACGGGAUGCCGCUCGCCUUCAACCCCAUGGCGUCGCCCGGCGCCUCGCAGCCGGCAAUGAAGCCCGCGGACAUGCCGCCGCUCGCCAUGUACCGGCCCGAUUCCACCCCGCCGGGCAUGCCGCAGCCCGUUAGCGGUGGCGGUGGCGCCCUGGUGGUCAGCGUCAGCGGCAGCGGCGGCGGCCGGGAGCUCGUGAAGAAGAAGAGGGGAAGGCCGAGGAAGUAUGGGCCGGACGGGACCAUGGGCUCGGCGGUGAAGGCCGAGGCGGGCGGGCAGUCUGGUGGCGCGGGCUCCAACUCGAAUCCUGACGGGAAGCGCAGAGGACGGCCCCCGGGAUCUGGCAAAAAGAAACAGCUCGAUGCCUUAGGCUCAGCUGGGACAUCAUUUACUCCUCACAUAAUUACUGUCAAGCCUAAUGAGGAUGUUGCUUCGAAAAUAAUGUCUUUUUCACAACAAGGCCCACGUACUACAUGUAUAAUCUCAGCAAACGGUGCGCUGUGCACAGCAACACUCCGUCAACCAGCAACCUCUGGUGGCAUAGUGACAUAUGAGGGCCACUUUGAUAUUCUCUCUCUGUCGGGCUCAUUUCUGCUGGCAGAGGAUGGUGACACUCGUAGCAGGACAGGUGGUCUGAGUGUUGCUCUGGCUGGAAGCGAUGGGCGUAUUGUAGGAGGUUGUGUUGCAGGAAUGCUUAUGGCUGCAACGCCUGUCCAGGUUGUGGUGGGCAGCUUCAUCGCCGAAGGUAACAAAAAGCCCAAGGAAGAACAACCAAAACGCGAGCCAACAUCUGCGCCGAUGCUAACAUCUGCGCCGAUGCAGACGGCUGCUGGCUUCGGUGCAGCCUCAGCUGCUGCUACGCCAUCAGACGGAACAUCAAGCGACCACUCUGAUGACCCAGGGAGCCCUAUGGGACCCAAUGGUAGCGCGUUCAACAAUGCAGGCCAUCCGACACACGCUUCAUAUGCUCCUGUGGGCUGGUCACUCUCCGGGAACCAAGGCCGCUACGACCCAGACAUGAAGAUGGUGACCGACUAA